AUGUGCACCAAGCUCGGGGACCUCAAGAACUCCCUCGCAGAUGCGGAUCGACGGAACAUCACUAACAGAGUGUGCAGGAUGGGUGAGAAGGACGCCAUGUAUGAGGCCAGCGACAUCCUUGACUUAUGUCACCUCAAGUCCAUGGAGAGGCAGCCUGGUAUGGAUGCGGGGAGCUUCAACCCCUUGCUCUUUUGCAUGCGGAAUCCCCUCCAUGCCCAUGAAAUCAACAGACGGAUCAAGAAGCUUAACAAGAGGUUAGAUGGCAUCAAGAACCGUGGCACUGCCUUCGACUUCAUCAACCUUGGUUUGUAG